UGCUUCAAAGAGGCAGCUGCCUGAGAGAAUGAUGUUAAGCUCGGCUAAUGCGGACAGCCCGAGGUAGCCAGGGAUGGAUUUUGAUGAGCGUGUCCCCUGCUCCUCUAACAUGUAUUUGCCAAGUUGCACUUACUACGUCUCGGGUCCUGAUUUCUCCAGCCUUCCUUCCUUCUUACCCCAGACCCCAUCUUCUCGCCCCAUGCCCUACUCCUACUCCUCCAACCUAGCCCAGGUGCAGCCCGUCAGAGAGGUCACCUUCAGGGAGUAUGCCAUUGACACCUCCAGCAAGUGGCACCCCAGGAGCAACCUGCCCCACUGCUACCCAGCAGAUGAGCUGGUGCACAGGGACUGCACGGGCACCGCCGCCAUGGGCAACGGCUCCAACGUCUACCACCCCAAUGCCAACGUGCCCUCCAAUUUCUAUGGCUCGGUGGGCAGGAACGGGGUGCUGCCACAAGCCUUUGAUCAGUUCUUUGACACGGCCUAUGGCAGCCCCGAGAACAGCAGCCAGCAGCCGUCGGAUUACUCUGUGGACAAGCACUGCGACAAAGUGGCGGCGGCAGCCUCUGCGACAACUUCAAGUUCGGAGCCCUGCAGGGAGGCAGAGGAGAAGGAGAGGAGGACGGAGAGCAGCAGCAGCAGUCACAGCAGCUCCCACUCAUCUUCCGGCAACAAUGAGGACAAAGCCAGUGUGUCCAGUGGACAACGUACCCGUAAAAAGAGGUGCCCUUACACCAAAUAUCAAAUUAGGGAACUGGAAAGGGAAUUUUUCUUCAGUGUCUAUAUAAACAAAGAGAAAAGGCUACAACUUUCCCGAAUGCUGAAUUUAACUGACCGCCAAGUCAAGAUCUGGUUUCAGAACCGGAGGAUGAAAGAGAAAAAGAUUAACAGGGACCGACUGCAGUACUACUCUGCUAACCCCCUCCUAUGAGAGUACCACCGUUUCCCGCAUUUAUGGAGGAUAGUAUGAGGAUUCUUGUCAGAACAAUAGGAAGUACAAGUCUUCCCUAUGGAGUGUAGCUGCCACUUGUAUCCGAGGAGGAUAAGGGUAGUAGUACUGUCUCCAUUUCCUGUCCUUGGCUAUGGCAGGCACCAAUAAAUGACGCAAGCAUUUGCCUGUGUUCAAGACAAGUAUCAUUUGGUACGGAUUUAAAGGACCAAUUUGAUUUAACAGUUUGGUUAUUAUGUCCAAACACCUUUGGAUGAUCUGCAAAAGUCUUCGAUUUGGCAUUAUCUUCAUAUACAAUAAGCGGCCAUACUGAAGCAGAUGCUUUCAAAUUAGAAGUUAAAAAGAAAAUGAGAAAUGAUAAUAGGGGGAAAUAGUCACUUGAACUUCUGUACUUUAAUUGAAGCGACCUGCUGCGUCUCCCCUGUACUUACCCCAAUCGAUCAGUUCACCUAUGUGGUCUAUGAGACAUGCACUUUGUUUGCUAAUAUCAAUCCCUGUCUGUGACUACCCUGUGGAAAGCCACAGAUCAGACAGCUCUUAUCUAGAAUAAUAAACCUGUUUCCAUGAUGAUAUCACCACAGAGAGGAAAGAACCAAUCGUCAGCAAUAGCCUCUCAUCUCCUUCAUACCAAAUACAGGCAGAUGAAUGAUUGUCCUCUGAAGGGAUGUGACCAGGCUAGAGUUUAUGUCAGAUAAAAUCCUCAAAUUUAAAUAUAUAAAUAUAUAUAAGACCUUGAAAGAACCAAAGUUAUUAAAAGUGAUUAUAUUUGAAAUGAUAUAUGAGUUUACUGGGGACAUGAUAAUCUAUUUGUACUCUCUCAGUUUGAAUGUAAGUUUCCUAUGUUUUACUACAAAUGUAAAUAAAUGUCAUUUAGUAUUGGGUUCAGACGCCUUUUUACACAGCUAAUGUGGUGGUGAUUUUUAACAUUUUGCUACAGAUGACUUGUUUGAUGUUGGUUUUGUCACUUCUGCCACA